AUGUGGUCCGCUCUAUCUAUCGCCCCGUAUGCGCUUGCGCUGGGGCUGUUUUCCCUUCUGUAUUUUGUCGUCUUUCCAUGGGUAGAGUAUGUGCGGGACCCCAAGGGGCUUCGAAAAUAUCCCAACCUGAACCCAUUCUCUGGGAUGUCUGCGGUACCUUUCAUGAUCUUAGCAUCCAGAGGCUUCCGCUCGAAAGAGCUUCAGGAACUACACAGAACCAAACCCGUCAUUCGAACCGGACCUAAUAUGCUAUCGUACGGUGAUGUACGUGCUAUCAAGGACAUCUAUGGACACAACACCAGGUGCAUCAAGGAUCCCUCCUAUAUUGUGACGGCUGGCACGCACUACCAUCUUGCUGAUGUGGUCGACAAGCCUGACCACGCACGGAAGCGUAAGGUCCUCUCAUCCGCAUAUGCGCUUAAGAACUUGGAGACAUGGGAACACAAAGUCAGUGAUAAAGUCGAGAAAGUUGUCGCACAUUUCGACACAAUAUGCACGGCACCACCCUCCGCUGCUGUGGCAGCGGGCAAGGUGGCACCGGAUCCGAAAGACCUUACAGUGGACUUCCGAGCUUGGACCAACUUCUUCACUCUCGAUGCGAUCGCUGAUAUCGGACUCUCGGAGAAGCUUGGCUUCCUGGAUUCGGGGAGUGAUGUUUGUAUUGCCGAGAGAAAGGACGGUUCCACAUAUGAGGUCAACCUCCGUCAGGCCCUUUACCCCACUGCUCGCAAGCAGUCACUCAUUCUGUGGAACUAUGAAUGGUACCCGGCCCUCAACAAGAUGGUCAACGUGAUACCAUUCUUCAAUCGGAUGCAGACUUCAUCAGACAAUUGGGAGAACAUCGUGUGGCGUCGGUCAAUGAACCGCCUGCGUCGGUAUGAGGCAGGUGAGAAGCUCGAAGACUUUUUCCAGGCGAUGAUGGAAGACAAGAACGGCCGAGCCAACAACUUGGAAUGGGGUGAGAUCGUGGCUGAGAUGAACAUUAUGAUGAAUGCCGGCAGUGUUACAACCGCUAUCGCCAUCGCAAACGUCAUGUAUCAGCUCCUUCGGAACCCUCAGAGUUUGAAAAAGCUUCAAGAGGAGAUCGAUGCCGUGCUGGACGCGGACGAGAUUGUCGCCCCCUACGAUAAAGUGAAGCACCUCCCGUAUCUCCGUGCAUGCUUAGAUGAAUCUCUUCGCAUCUUCCCACCAACCUCGCAUGGGCUUCCUCGCGAAACUCCGCCAGAGGGUAUGGAGAUCUUGGGUGAAUGGGUUCCUGGAAACACGUCGGUUAGCAUGUCCGCAUAUGUAGCACACCGUGAUGAGAGCGUCUUCCCCAAGGCAGACCAAUACAUUCCUGAACGAUGGCUCGGGGAAGAAGGCAAGGCUCUUCAACCAUACUUGAUUGCGUUCUCGGCGGGUGCGAGAUCCUGCAUUGGUCGGAACAUCUCUUAUCUAGAGCAGACUAAGAUCUUGGCUACGCUGGUGCAUCGGUACGAUUUUGCACUGCCCUACCCCGGAUGGGAGUUGAAACGGUUGGAGACCAUGAAUCUGAUCUUGGGAGAUAUGCCGGUGAAGGUGUGGAGACGCAAUUUGCAGGAGGCAUGA